UUCUGGACUAAAACAUUGCAUUUUUUUCUUUUUUAGCAUCAAUAAUAAGCUCCAGCAGCCAGAGGCUGCAUCAGGAGUGCUGGAGUAUGCCAUGAAACACUUUGGAGAACUGGAGAUUCAGGCCACCUGGUACGAGAAACUUCAUGAGUGGGAAGAUGCUCUGGUCGCCUACGAUAAAAAAAUUGACAUGAACAAAGAUGAUCCGGAGCUAAUUCUUGGUCGCAUGAGAUGUCUGGAAGCGCUAGGAGAAUGGGGUCAGCUGCACCAGCAGUGCUGUGAGGAGUGGACUCUGGUUAGCGAAGAGACUCAAGCUAAGAUGGCCCGCAUGGCAGCAGCUGCAGCAUGGGGACUGGGCCACUGGGACAGUAUGGAAGAGUAUACCUGUAUGAUCCCACGAGACACCCAUGAUGGAGCCUUUUACAGGGCAGUGCUUGCUCUACAUCAGGAUCUCUUCUCAUUGGCUCAACAGUGCAUUGACAAGGCCAGAGAUCUACUAGAUGCUGAGCUCACUGCCAUGGCUGGAGAGAGUUACAGUAGAGCAUAUGGGGCCAUGGUGUCAUGUCAGAUGCUGUCUGAGUUAGAGGAGGUGAUCCAGUAUAAACUGGUUCCUGAAAGGAGGGACAUCAUCAGGGAAACAUGGUGGGAGAGGCUGCAGGGUUGCCAGCGUAUUGUGGAGGACUGGCAGAGGAUCUUGAUGGUGCGCUCCCUGGUCAUUAGUCCACAUGAGGACAUGAGGACGUGGUUGAAGUACGCUAGCCUCUGUGGAAAAAGUGGAAGACUAGCACUAGCCCAUAAGACCCUUGUUCUCCUACUUGGUGUGGAUCCCUCCAAACAGCUCGACCAUCCCCUGCCCACUGCCCACCCUCAUGUCACCUAUGCUUAUAUGAAGUACAUGUGGAAGAGCACUCGCAAGAUUGAUGCAUUCCAGCAUAUGCAGCACUUUGUGCAGGGGAUGCAACAGCAAGCACAACACGCCAUUGCAGCCGAUGACCAGCAGCACAAACUGGAGCUGCACAAACUAAUGGCACGGUGUUUUCUGAAGCUGGGGGAGUGGCAACUCAGCCUUCAGGGUAUCAAUGAGAGUACCAUCCCUAAAGUGUUACAAUAUUACAGUCACUCAACGGAACAUGAUCGCAACUGGUACAAGGCCUGGCACGCUUGGGCAGUAAUGAACUUUGAGGCUGUGCUUCACUACAAGCACCAGAACCAGGGCCGGGAUGAGAAAAAAAAACUACGACACGCUAGCGGUGCCAGUGCCAACAGCGAAGCCAGUAACAGUGACAGUGAGGCAGACAGCACAGAGCACAGUCCUGUACCCUCCCCUGGACAGAAGAAAGUCAAUGAGGAUUUGUCCAAGACUCUCCUUCUGUACACAGUGCCUGCAGUACAAGGAUUCUUCAGAUCUAUCUCACUUUCACGUGGAAAUAACUUACAGGACACACUGAGAGUCCUGACCUUAUGGUUUGAUUAUGGGCACUGGCCUGAGGUGAAUGAAGCUCUGGUUGAAGGUAUUAAGACCAUUCAAAUAGACACCUGGUUACAGGUUAUUCCUCAACUGAUAGCGCGAAUCGAUACACCACGUGCGCUGGUGGGACGUCUUAUUCACCAGCUACUCACCGACAUUGGCCGCUACCACCCUCAGGCUUUGAUUUAUCCACUCACUGUGGCCUCCAAGUCCACCACCACUGCCCGCCACAAUGCAGCCAACAAGAUCUUGAAGAACAUGUGUGAGCACUGCAACACGCUGGUCCAGCAAGCAAUUAUGGUAAGUGAGGAGCUGAUCAGGGUGGCUAUUCUGUGGCAUGAAAUGUGGCACGAGGGGCUGGAGGAGGCGUCACGUCUGUACUUUGGAGAGAGGAAUGUCAAGGGAAUGUUUGCCGUCCUGGAGCCCCUUCAUGCCAUGAUGGAGAGAGGGCCACAAACUUUGAAAGAAACGUCAUUUAAUCAGGCUUAUGGUCGAGACCUAAUGGAGGCGCAGGACUGGUGUAGAAAGUACAUGCGAUCAGGUAAUGUGAAGGACCUGACGCAGGCCUGGGACCUGUACUACCACGUGUUCCGCAGGAUCUCCAAACAGCUGCCACAGCUCACUUCUCUAGAGCUUCAGUACGUCUCGCCUAAACUGCUUAUGUGUCGUGAUCUGGAGUUGGCUGUGCCUGGAACAUAUGACCCUAAUCAGCCAAUAAUACGUAUCCAGUCCAUUGCUCCCUCACUGCAGGUCAUCACCUCCAAACAGCGUCCACGCAAACUCACCAUCAUGGGUAGCAACGGUCAUGAGUUCAUGUUCCUGCUGAAGGGUCAUGAAGAUCUACGGCAAGACGAGAGGGUCAUGCAGCUUUUUGGCUUAGUGAACACUCUACUAGCUAAUGACCCAGCCUCCUUACGCAAGAAUCUAAGUAUUCAGCGCUAUGCUGUGAUCCCACUUUCCACCAACUCUGGUCUGAUCGGCUGGGUACCUCACUGUGACACGCUGCAUGCACUGAUUCGAGACUACCGAGAGAAGAAGAAGAUUCUACUCAACAUUGAACACCGCAUUAUGCUUAGGAUGGCCCCUGACUAUGAUCACUUGACUCUCAUGGAGAAGGUGGAGGUGUUUGAGCAUGCCGUGAACAAUACAGCAGGAGACGACCUGGCCAAACUGCUCUGGCUUAAGAGUCCCAGUUCAGAGGUUUGGUUUGACAGGAGGACCAACUACACCCGCUCACUAGCUGUCAUGUCCAUGGUUGGUUAUAUCUUAGGGCUCGGGGACAGACAUCCUUCCAAUCUAAUGUUGGACAGGCUUAGUGGAAAGAUACUACAUAUCGAUUUUGGAGAUUGUUUUGAGGUUGCAAUGACCAGAGAAAAAUUUCCUGAGAAAAUACCUUUCAGAUUAACCCGGAUGUUAACCAAUGCCAUGGAGGUAACCGGACUGGAUGGUAACUACCGUAUUACAUGCCACACAGUGAUGGAAGUACUGCGUGAACACAGGGACAGUGUCAUGGCUGUGCUGGAGGCCUUUGUCUAUGACCCAUUACUCAACUGGAGGCUUAUGGAUACAAACACUAAAGGAAAUAAGCGCUCCAGGACCAGAACUGACUCCUACACGGCAGGACAGUCUGUUGAAGCCAUGGAGGGUAUUGACCUGGGAGAAACAACCCACAAAAAGCCUGGAACUACAGUACCUGAGUCAAUUCACUCCUUCAUUGGAGAUGGUCUUGUGCAACCUGAAGCCUUGAACAAAAAAGCCAUCCAAAUUAUCAACAGGGUGCGGGACAAGCUAACUGGACGAGACUUUUCCCAUGAUGAGACCCUGGACGUACCUACUCAAGUGGAGCUGCUCAUCAAACAAGCUACUUCGCAUGAAAAUCUGUGCCAGUGUUACAUUGGAUGGUGCCCUUUUUGGUAGAGCUUCAUAUUGCUACUGCUUUCUUUUUCUGUAUUUUUCCCUUAAAUUCACCUAGGAGAGUGAUGAAAAUUGACAUUGAUUUGAAAAAAUGUGAGCAUUUCUUUACUAGUACAAUUUUGAAAAGUGAAGCAGUCACUUUUCUAAGCAAACCCCUGAAAAAUCUGAAGAAUUAAUCUUGGAUGAGGUUGUGUUAUAUGGCUAUAACAUUGUCAGUGUUUCAUGUUAUUUGAAAUGAUUUGUACAAGCUGUACAAGGUCAAAUAUCACCAAAAUUAAAUAAAUAAAAAAAUUAAAGAAAAA